AAGCUUUCCUCCUUCAAGGAGGAGAUGGGACACACCGUAUGCUAUCUUUCUGCUCUUGCACCUUCCAUCCCAGGCCCAGCCAGAGUCUUCUUUGGAGUCCCGGUAGAGAAGCCAGUCUGCUAUCUGCCACAAGAGCCAUCACCUGGAUAUGAAACACUUAUGGCAGAUUUUUGUCCUAUGGGUCUUCUGGGUGUUCAUCUUGUGGCUGAUGGCCUCCUGCCUGGAUCAGAAACCUGAAUCAGCACCCCGGGAAAAACUGAUGUACUUGGUACCACGGCCUUGCAACUGCUCUUGGUUCAAAUUCAGGAAAUGUGGCUGCCCAUCUGGGACUCUCAACUCGUCUCUUUACCACCCCACAGUCAGAGAAUGGAACUGGUUUGACACAUGCUAUGAGAAGAUGAUGGGGUACCUGAAGGGGGCAACAGAGUCCAUGACUUCUGAUGCUGUGCUCCAGUGGUUGGGCACGAACUCAGCAAGUGAGCUGGACAAAGUGUGGAAGAAGCUGUUCAAGGUGAUUCCCAGACCUUCAGCGAGUCAUUUUGAUCUCUACUGUGGGACUUGUGUGUUGGGGAACUUGAAGAUCCUGCAGGCCUCCAGCCUCCACAACAACGUCAACCAACACACCGCAGUCUGCAGGAUGUACCAGGCUCCAGUUCAGGGCUUCAAGACAGUGGGGAACCAAACCACGGGGCGCUUCAUCUACCGCAGGAAUGUUGGAGGCCAGGGUUCCUGGAGACAGCUGGUGCUGCUGGUCCUGAAGCUUUUUGAUUUGGCAUGGACUUCAGAUGCUCUGAGUGAGGAGAUUUCAGAAGAUGGUCUAAUUCCCUAGUGGAAUGGAAGAUAACAAAGACCAGGAUGCCCGCUUUGGAUUUUGAUCAGAAAAGCAAGGAAAGUGGUCCCAUUACUGGGAGGAUGUUAAUCAGACCAACGACUGCAAGGAGAUUCUGUCCAUGCAUAGCACACAAGCAGAAAUGGAAGUCAGCUAGAGCGUGUGGGCAAGCUCACCAUCCACAUGUGACACCCUGUAGGGUCCACACAAGUCCUAGUCCUUUGGGCCUGAAUGCAGGGGAGUCUUGGGAUGGUGGCAGCUGCAGCAGGACUAUGAGGACUUUCAGGGGUAAAGGGCAAGAGGAAAUUGUGUGGAGAUCAGUCUGGUACUGAAUAAAAUCCUGGCCUGAUUCCCUUA